AUGGCUUCUCAAGAAUUGGACCAGAACAACAACGUCCAAGACGAGAGCUUCAAGGAGCAGCUGGACAAGGCUGCGGAUAGCACCCGUGAACUGGAGAAUCAGAAACCCAAUCCUGUUGUCGAGAAGAUCACAGAAUAUGUCCCGGCUGCAGCCAAGAUCCUGCCUGCUCGUCAAAGCCCGCCCAAGGAGGAAGACAAGCCUCCAGGACCACCAGAGCGACCGCAUCACGAUGACAAAAUCGAAGACUUUGUAAGGGAUCAGCACAGAAGUCAGGGCGUUGAUGGAAUUCUGGGCGAUUCUCCCAAUGAUGAGUGA